AGUCUGGCGGCAGGCCUUACCCAUCUCCACCGCACAACGACCACGGCUGUGCUUUCUCUUUUAUUUAGUGGUCACGUUUUUCCUUGGUUGUUUUUUUCCGUUUCUUCGGGUGAUAGCUGUACGGUGGGAGGGUACAGCCUGGACAUCAGCAAAGUAGCAUUAGCCUCCUACCACUAUUAGAUGCCCUGAAGUGUUGUGUGUGUUAUGUUUUUGAUCUAGGCUGGCCAAAAACGAGCCUCCUGGAACCCUAGAAGGAAUUUCUGAAAACCUAGUCCAACACACACAACCAGGGCUUUGCGAUUCAUGUUUGAAGGUUUCAUUGCGAGUUUGGUUCUACCUAAGCUAUUAGUGACGGAGUCGAGAAGAUGACGAUAGCUAACGGCUAGGUCGGAGACGGCCGUACAUAAGGCGGGCAUGAUGGUUGGGCUGCCCUGGGGGCGCCUGCUUAGCAGACCGAGAGAAGCCUGUUAGCCCCUCUCGCCCCCUUUUUAACAAUGUCCGUCGUCAUCUCAGAUACAUUCUCUGAGGAAGAACGCAGCAUUUUCCGUCCCUUUACGAGGGAGUCACUUCAAGCCAUUGAGGUACGAAUAGCAGAGGAGUAUGCCAAACAGAAAGAAUUGGAGAAGAAAAGAGCUGAGGGAGAGGGUUUUGGACGGAAGAAAAAGAAAAAAGAAAUUCGGUAUGAGGACGAGGACGAAGAUGAAGGUCCACAGCCUGACACGACGUUGGAACAAGGUGUUCCUCUGCCUGUCAGGCUACAGGGUGGUUUUCCUGAAGAGCUCUCAUCCAUACCUCUCGAGGAUAUUGACACCUUCUACCACAAUAAGAGGACGUUUGUUGUUGUCAGUAAAGGAAAAGAUAUUUUUCGAUUCUCUGCGACAGAUGCUCUCUGGAUCCUCGACCCCUUUAACCCAAUUCGGCGUGUUGCAAUCUAUAUCCUAGUACAUCCUCUUUUCUCCCUUUUCAUCAUAUUUACUAUUCUCCUAAACUGUGUUCUAAUGAUAAUGCCUACAACCCCUACAGUGGAAUCUACUGAAGUGAUCUUUACCGGAAUCUACACUUUCGAAUCGGCAGUCAAGGUGAUGGCUCGUGGCUUCAUUCUACAGCCAUUCACAUACCUUAGAGACGCAUGGAAUUGGCUGGACUUCGUAGUAAUAGCAUUGGCCUAUGUUACAAUGGGUAUAGAUCUUGGAAACCUAGCCGCCUUAAGAACAUUUAGGGUAUUAAGAGCCCUAAAAACUGUCGCCAUUGUGCCUGGAUUGAAAACAAUCGUUGGUGCUGUGAUAGAGUCAGUGAAAAAUCUGCGAGAUGUAAUCAUCUUAACCAUGUUCUCACUGUCUGUAUUUGCGCUUAUGGGUCUGCAGAUUUACAUGGGAGUGCUCACACAAAAAUGUAUCAAAAACUUCCCGGAGGAUGGUUCAGCUGGUAAUCUAACACACGAAAACUGGUUUAAUCACUGUAGUAAUGAGUCAAACUGGCAAGUACUGCCGGAUGGGCAGAUUCCACUAUGUGGGAACUCCUCCGGUGCUGGACAAUGUAAACCUGGAUAUACAUGCCUUCAAGGGUUUGGUGACAAUCCAAACUAUGGUUACACUAGUUUUGAUAGUUUUGGCUGGGCCUUUCUUUCGGCAUUUAGACUAAUGACUCAGGAUUAUUGGGAAAAUCUUUAUCAAUUGGUACUGCGCUCGGCUGGUCCGUGGCACAUGUUGUUCUUCAUAGUAAUUAUAUUCCUGGGAUCAUUCUACCUCGUCAACUUGAUUUUAGCUAUUGUCGCUAUGUCAUAUGAUGAACUGCAAAAGAAGGCGGAAGAAGAAGAAGCUGCUGAAGAGGAAGCCCUUAGGGAGGCAGAGGAAGCAGCUCAAGCUAAGGAAAACAAACGAGCAGCCCAUGCAGCGGCUCAUGCUGCCGCAGCUAAUGCGGCUGCUGCAGCUGCAGCAGCAGCAGCAGAGGCAGACGGGGCAUCAGUGGCAAAAUCUCCAUCAGACUUUUCUGCGCACAGCUAUGAGUUGUUCAUAGGUCAAGAAAAAGGAAACAUUGAUGAUAACAACAGGGAAAAAAUGAGUAUACGAUCUGAUUCUUUGAGUCAGGGUCGUCCAACAACUGGAGGCAGCAAAUCUCGAAAAAUUAGUGUGGACAAUCAAACUGAGGCCAGCCUAAGCUUGCCUGGCUCCCCAUUCAACCUUCGCCGUGGGUCGAGGGGAUCUCACCAGUUUACGAUACGAAACGGCAGAUCGAGAUUUGCAGGAGGGGACAGGAAACCACUCGUUCUCUCCACUUACCUGGAUGCACAGGAGCAUUUGCCUUACGCAGACGAUUCUAAUGCUGUAACACCAAUGAGUGAAGAAAACGGUGCGAUGGUAGUGCCUUUGUAUACAACUGGGCUUGGCUCAAGGCAUUCAUCUUAUACAUCACAUGCCUCGAGACUCAGUUAUACGUCCCAUGGUGAUCUUCUUUCGGGGAUCGGUGGUGCGAGAGCACCGACAAAAGAAAGUAAACUUAGGUCUCGAUCUUCUCGAAACAGCUCAACCACUGUCACACACCAACCUAUACCGGAUAAACAUUAUCCUAGAGAUUUUGAUACAUCAGACAUAGAAGACGGUCCUCCAAAGAGCAAAAACCAAGACAAUCCAUUUAUAGAACCAGCUCAACAACAAACAGUAGUAGAUAUGAAAGACGUUAUGGUGCUCAAUGAUAUCAUCGAGCAGGCAGCUGGAAGGCAUAGUAGAAAUAGUGGUGACCAAGCAGUCGUCUACUAUUUCCCGACAGAAGAAGACGAGGAUGAGCCGACGAUCAAGGAUAAACUCUGGGCGUGCCUACUUCAAGGGAUCGACAUCUUCUGUGUAUGGGACUGCUGCGGAGUCUGGCUCAAAUUCCAAAAGCUAGUUGCAUUUAUAGUAUUUGACCCAUUCGUAGAACUAUUCAUCACCCUCUGCAUUGUCGUCAACACGCUCUUCAUGGCCUUAGAUCACCACGACAUGGACAAGGAGUUAGAAAAAGCACUCAAGAGCGGGAAUUAUUUUUUUAGUGCAACAUUCGGAAUUGAAGCUGCCAUGAAGUUGAUAGCAAUGAGUCCAAAAUAUUACUUUCAAGAAGGCUGGAAUAUAUUUGAUUUUAUCAUAGUCGCUCUAUCGUUAUUAGAACUUAGUCUUGAAGGAAUUCAAGGUCUAUCAGUUUUGAGGUCAUUCAGAUUGCUCAGGGUGUUUAAGCUGGCUAAGUCAUGGCCAACACUCAAUCUUCUCAUUUCCAUUAUGGGCAGAACAGUGGGUGCCCUUGGUAAUUUAACUUUUGUGUUGUGCAUUAUUAUUUUCAUCUUUGCUGUGAUGGGAAUGCAGUUGUUUGGAAAGAACUAUAUCGAUAAUAUGGAUAGAUUCCCUGAUGGCGAACUCCCGAGGUGGAAUUUUACAGAUUUCAUGCAUUCGUUUAUGAUAGUGUUUAGGGUCCUGUGUGGAGAGUGGAUAGAAUCGAUGUGGGAUUGUAUGCAUGUGGGAGAUGUUUCUUGCAUUCCAUUUUUUCUAGCGACAGUAGUAAUUGGGAAUCUGGUUGUUCUCAACCUUUUCUUAGCCCUGUUGCUCAGUAAUUUUGGCUCGUCGAGUCUUUCAGCUCCGACAGCUGAUAGCGACACCAAUAAAAUAGCUGAGGCUUUCGACAGAAUAGGCAGGUUUUCAAACUGGGUGAAAAGAAAUAUAAUGAUGGGUGCCAAAGCUAUUAGAGCAAAGCUGACAAACCAGAUCUCUGAUCAGACACAAGGUGAGGCGCCGGCAUCCAGCUGGAAACAAGUUGGAAGAGACAGAGACAUGGAUGAGUUGGGCCCUGAUGAAAUAAGAGCAGAUGGAAUGGUCUAUAGAGAUAAAAAAGAUCAGUUGGAAGUAGCAAUAGGUGAUGGAAUGGAGUUUACAAUACAUGGAGACUUGAAGAGUAAGCUGAAUAAAGUUAAAAACCACAUUGGGAACUCCAUAGGAAAUCAUCAGGAUAACAGGCUGGAUUCGGAUUAUAUAAGAAACCACUAUGAUGAUGACUCCAUAAGCAAUAAAUCGUACGGGAGUCAUAAACAUAGACCAUGUAAAGAUGAAAGUCACAAAGGAAGUAUGGAGAGUUUAGACGAUCAAGAAGAAAAGAAGGACCUAAGCAAAGAGGAUCUUGAACCAGAUAUUGUAGAAGAGGACAUAAUAAUAGAAGGAGGAACGGAAGACGUUGUUUUGCCAGAAUACCCUUCUGACUGUUGUCCUGAUCACUGUUAUAAAAGAUUCCCCUUUCUGGCAGGGGAUGAUGACGCACCGUUCUGGCAAGGUUGGGCGAACCUUAGGCUCAAGACCUUUCAGCUCAUUGAAAAUAAAUAUUUUGAAACAGCAGUUAUCACAAUGAUUUUGCUCAGUAGUCUAGCACUCGCUUUAGAAGAUGUUCAUCUUCCGUCGAGACCCAUACUUCAGGAUAUCUUGUACUAUAUGGACAGAAUAUUUACUGUAAUAUUCUUUCUUGAAAUGUUGAUCAAAUGGUUGGCUUUAGGCUUUCAAAAAUAUUUUACUAAUGCAUGGUGCUGGCUGGAUUUCAUAAUUGUCAUGGUAUCACUUAUAAACUUCACAGCAUCAAUGCUCGGGGCGGGAGGUAUUCAGGCGUUCAAAACUAUGAGAACCUUGCGCGCUUUGCGUCCCCUUAGGGCAAUGUCCCGGAUGCAAGGCAUGAGGGUUGUGGUUAAUGCUUUAGUACAAGCUAUUCCUAGUAUCUUUAAUGUACUUUUGGUGUGUCUCAUAUUUUGGCUUAUAUUUGCAAUUAUGGGAGUCCAGUUGUUUGCUGGAAAAUACUAUAAGUGUACAGAUUUGAAUGGGAGCGUACUUAGCCAUGAAAUUAUACCCGAUAAAAAUGUCUGCGAGGCAGAAAAUUACACUUGGCUUAAUUCGCCUAUGAAUUUUGACCAUGUAGGAAAAGCGUAUUUGUGUUUGUUUCAAGUUGCAACAUUCAAAGGAUGGAUUCCAAUCAUGAACGAUGCUAUUGACUCUAGAGAGAUUGGAAAACAGCCAAUUAGAGAAACAAAUAUUUAUAUGUAUCUCUAUUUUGUAUUUUUUAUAAUUUUUGGCUCAUUUUUCACACUCAAUCUAUUCAUUGGUGUGAUCAUUGAUAAUUUCAAUGAACAAAAGAAAAAGGCAGGAGGGUCUCUGGAAAUGUUCAUGACAGAGGACCAGAAGAAAUAUUACAAUGCCAUGAAGAAAAUGGGAUCUAAGAAACCACUCAAAGCUAUUCCACGACCACGGUGGAGGCCACAAGCAAUUGUGUUUGAAAUAGUGACAGACAAAAAGUUCGACAUGAUUAUUAUGUUAUUUAUCGGUUUUAACAUGCUUACUAUGACAAUGGAUCAUUACCAACAGACUGAAAUGUUUAGUUUUGUAUUAGAUAUUCUUAACAUGAUAUUCAUUGUAAUUUUCUCGAGUGAAUGUUUAUUGAAAAUAUUUGCAUUGAGAUACCACUAUUUCAAAGAGCCCUGGAACCUCUUUGAUUUUGUGGUCGUUCUACUUUCAAUUUUAGGUUUGGUUUUAAGUGAUAUUAUAGAAAAAUAUUUUGUAUCACCAACAUUACUUAGAGUGGUUAGAGUGGCAAAAGUCGGGCGAGUCCUUCGACUUGUUAAAGGGGCCAAAGGCAUAAGGACACUUCUUUUUGCCUUAGCCAUGUCACUUCCUGCACUGUUCAACAUUUGCCUUUUACUCUUCCUCGUUAUGUUCAUUUUUGCUAUAUUCGGCAUGUCAUUUUUCAUGCAUGUCAAGGACAAAAGUGGUCUCGAUGAUGUAUAUAAUUUUAAAACAUUCGGUCAAUCCAUGAUUCUGCUAUUCCAGAUGUCUACUUCUGCUGGUUGGGAUGGAGUACUGGAUGGAAUAAUCAAUGAAGAAAAAUGUGACAAGCCAAACCCAGAAAUGGGAUCACCAGGGGAUUGCGGUUCAUCGACUAUAGGAAUCACAUUCCUCCUCUCCUAUUUAGUCAUAAGUUUUCUCAUUGUAAUCAACAUGUACAUUGCUGUCAUCUUAGAGAAUUAUUCUCAGGCAACUGAAGACGUCCAAGAAGGCCUUACAGAUGAUGACUACGACAUGUACUACGAAAUUUGGCAGCAAUUCGAUCCCGACGGGACACAGUACAUCCGUUACGACCAGCUAUCAGAUUUCCUCGAUGUACUCGAACCUCCACUGCAAAUUCAUAAACCGAAUAAAUACAAGAUCGUCUCCAUGGACAUUCCUAUUUGCAAAGGAGACUUGAUGUUCUGCGUGGACAUUUUAGACGCGCUGACCAAAGACUUCUUUGCCAGGAAAGGGAAUCCUAUCGACGAGUCGGCAGAGUUGGGUGAAGUCGCACCAGGAAGGCCCGACGAAAUAGGAUACGAGCCGGUUUCGACCACUUUAUGGAGACAGAGAGAAGAAUACUGUGCAAGACUGAUACAGAACGCAUGGAGGAAGCACAAACAGCAGAGGCAAGGAGGCGGACCUGACAGCCCGGGUUCACCCGAUGCAAGAGAAACAGCCGUUCUUGUUGAAAAGAACGGUCAUAAAGUUGUGAUCCACUCAAGAUCUCCGUCUACAACCUCAAGGUUAGCUGAUGUCUGAGCCAGGCCACGUCCCCCAUCCCUAGAGUCGCCACAAGAUGUUACAGACUCAAAGUGUUAACUGUGGCACUCAAUACUUUCGGGUUUCACAUUGAGGGCUUUCACAUUGUCCAGUUUUUGAAAUACUCGAUCCCGCUUAUCCCUUUUUUCAUACCAAUUGUUGAAUCUCAUAAUUUUUUAUCUGAAAAGCUUUAUUAAAGUUUUAGAUAUAUAAACAAAAUUAUUGUUAAAUAUAUAUAUUAUAUAUAUAAACGUAUGUAUGUACAUACGGGUUAUAUUGUACAAUUGUAAUGUACGCCUACAUGCUUUGUACAAAUGACUGUAGCAUUUAUGCUUCAAGAUAUAAAAUAGUUGCCGGUACAAUAAUUUCCAAUAAGGGUGUGGCUUGUUUAUAUGACCACCACUUUUAUAGUCCUUCCUCUGUGUUUCUGCGGGAAAACUCAAGUGUUUUUUUGUAGUUUUUGCGGUGUCCUGAAGGCACAGUGUCGGUCGUGAUAAAUGGACAUCAUAAAGCGGCCAAACGUUGAAUAACAAAAUGAAACCAAAAGGAUGGGCAGGACGUGGCAACCUACUCCAAAAUAUGAUAAGGCUUCUUCUACACAUCUCUUUUAUCUUCGGCGCUACAAGUGUUUUAUUAAGGAAGAAAUUAUGUGAGAAAGCUAGGUCAAUGAAGACAAAUUUUUUUCACUUAUAUAGAGUUGAGGAGAAUGAAGGUUUAUAAAUUUUUAAACAAACAAAAAAUUUUACAAAAAAGAUGACAUUACUAUACCUACUCGUGAUGCACAUUAUAAAAUAAGACAAAAAUAAAAAACUUAAAGAAAUUUUAAAUAAGUAAACAAUUAGAAGUGAACAUUUACUAGUGGAAGGAUAAAUAAAAGUUAAUAGCUUAAAGUUUCCAUCGGGUUAGUCUUCAACUCAGCUGCAAUCACUUGGUUUUUAUGAACAUGCAAGCAACGAUGCAGUUUGUGUUUUAUCAAGCUGCUCGGGGUGAUUCACUUCCCUGCCAGCUCCGAGUAAGCUUCGCAUAUGCCUUGUAAUUACAUUUGUUUUUCCUUUGCAAUAUAUAAUUUGCCAAUUAAAAUAAAGUUUAAAGGUUUGGUAAUAAUGAGGACUUUUAUUGCAAACCCAUCCU